GGAGAAGACGAUCAAGUAGAGGGCGAGGAGGAUGGAGCGGAUAAGAUCUCCGAUCUCCAGCUCAUAGAGGAGGUAGAACAAUUGCUGCAUGAUAAUUUCAACCGAUUGAAGACUGCAACCGCCAAAGAACUCAAGAAAGUCCACGUCAGAAGCGGGAUCGUUAAGGCGCAGGAAGAGUGGUCAAAGUAGUGGUAGUGCCCGUGAGUGAAAACUGAAUAGAGGUAGACCUUCGUUUUUUGGAAAGAAGUUGUCUCAGACUCAGAUGCCGCAUACUCAAGAGUGAAGCAGGAGUCUGACUAAGAGGAUACACACUUCUCAGGUGUGAUGCAGUCUGUCUAGCAGUCUGUCUAAGAUGUAGAUGACAGCUUUGUGGUCUCAGAUGCAGCAUAUUAUUUGGAAUUUCUCGUGAAAUGAUCUAUAAAUUAGAGCAUACUGACUUUUCUGCAGGAAGUGCGAAGGCGAGGAAGGUUUAUUCUCACAGCAGCGCCUACUAUGAUCAUUGGUGCUGGCUCUAUUGUUCCUCCUUGCUUCUGGGGGUCUUUUUAGUGAAGAGAAAUCGCUUCUUUCUAAGCUAUUGAAGAAGAAAUGCGACGAAGUGUCGCGUAGAUGUCUGUCUACUUUGGA